UACCAUGGAGAUCAAUGCUUGGUUGCUUCAAAUGGGCAAGGACGACGCCAGCAUCCGUGAGUUACGAGACAUUUGACUUUUCUUCGAUCAGCUACAGCCAACUUAGCUUGGCGAAGAAGACUUGGAAGUAGCAGGCAAGCCCUCACCGUCAACGUAGAGUUCAAAGCUCAGGGCAAGUGGACACGCGAUUCGGAGCUGGAACCUGGUUCCUCGCCUUUGUGCGGCAUAUGCUUGAGCUCGGUGGGCCUUUAACACGAGUUUAAUAUCCGUCCCAACACCGGACCAAGGACUCCGAUGAAAGAACCCGUCGUUUUCCUUCUUUGUCCUCUUUCUUCCUUCUCUCUACCACUCGAACACGCCUCUUCCUAAUUCCUGUUGCUUCUGCCGCCUCCUCUCCUCUUCGGCCCACAUGAGAUGCGAUCGCCUGGCCGGAGAACGGUCGUUCUCUCAUCGAGGACUCCGGCUAUGAAGCGCCCGCUGCUGAGCAGCGCCCGGAAGCAUGGCAGGAACCCCGUGUCCGUUUUCCUCUUCUUUGUCUUGAUUCUCGUCAUGUUGAUGUACAGCGAGGACUUCAACUCGAUCGCCGAGUUCUCCCUCAGGAAUUCUAGAGCCAAGUCCCAGGAAUUGGCCCAUCAAGAGCUCGCUAUAGCUAAACCAAGACACGAGGGACUUAUCCUCGAUAGCACAAAGGUAGCAGAGGAGGAGGCCGAGGAGGAGGAAAGGAAGGAGGAGCGACCGGUGUUGCAGAGGGAAGGAAGCGACGCGAUUGCCAGAGAACAACCGCCAACUGACGAAGAGGGCCGCCAAGAACCCGAAAGGGAGGGUGCAAGGGCAUCGGUGACCGUCAACGUGACGCAGGUGGCCCGGUUGCCGUCCGCCAGGAAUCAGGGGCACGAGCAGCAGUCUGUCAUAUCCGACCAGCACAAGUCGGAGGCGAAGCCGCAGCGCGUAGUCCUCAACGUGCCGGAGACUUGCGACCUCUUCGAAGGCCGAUGGGUCUACGACGACGUCUCCUACCCGCUUUACAAAGAACACGAGUGCCAGUUCCUGACGGAGCAGGUGACGUGCAUGAGGAACGGCCGCCGCGACGACAACUACCAGAAGUGGCGGUGGCAGCCCCGGGACUGUAGCUUGCCGAGAUUCGACGCGAGAGUGCUGCUGGAGAGGCUGAGAGGGAAGCGUCUCAUGUUCGUGGGGGACUCUCUCAACAGGAACCAGUGGGAAUCGAUGGUGUGCUUGGUCCAAUCCGCCAUCCCAUGGGGCAAGAAGACUCUCACCAAGAACGGCUCGCUCAACGUUUUCAGAGCCGAGGAUUACAAUGCUACGGUGGAGUUCUACUGGGCGCCGUUCCUGGUGGAAUCCAACGCCGACGACCCCAGAAUUCACAGCGUCCCGAACCGCGUCAUCACCGAUUCGAUCGCCAAGCACGGGAAGCAUUGGAAGGGCGUGGAUUACUUGAUCUUCAACACCUACAUCUGGUGGAUGAACACACCCAAGAUGACAGUCCUGCGAGGAUCGACCAAGUACAGUAGGAUCGAACGGGCUGCAGCUUACAGAAGAGUCCUGAGAAUAUGGGCGAGGUGGGUGCACAGGAAUGUGAAUCCGAAGAAGACGAUGGUGUUCUUCAUGAGCCUGUCCCCCAACCACAUGAGGAGCGAGGACUGGGACAACCCGGAGGGGAUCAAGUGCGCGCUGGAGACGAUGCCGGUGAUGGACAUGUCGCGCCAACUGGAGGUCGGCACGGACUGGCGGCUGUUCGCGGUGGAGGAGAGCGUGAUCCAGUCGAUGCGGCUGCCGGUGUCGUUCAUCAAGAUCACGGCGCUGUCGGAGUUCCGCAAGGACGCGCACACGUCGGUGCACACGCUCCGGCAGGGGAAGCUGCUGACUGCGGAGCAACAGGCCGACCCCGCCACCUUCGCCGACUGCAUCCACUGGUGCCUCCCGGGCCUCCCCGACACCUGGAACGAGUUCCUCUACGCCCGAAUCGCUUCCCGGCCAUGGCCCAACCAACACACACACACACACAGAUCACACACAAAUCUUUCGGUCUCUCACCUAGUACAUUGAUUUUGGUAUAUCUUCCGCACAAUUUUACCUUGUUUUGAUUGGGGAUUUGUGGGAUGUCACUGAGUUGGGUUAGGUGACAGCAACACGACGUCGACCGCCAUUGAAUGGUUGCCACCCACACGUCGUGAUCGCUGUGAGCGCAUGCUGUACGUCAUGUGGUCACACGGCGGGGGUGGAAAAAGGGACGCAGCGUAAAGAACCAAGAGAACGAGAGCGACACAAGUUUUUCCUGUUUCUUCUCUUUUUUUUCUUUAAAUUUCUUAUUUCGUUUUUCAUGUGCGAAAAUUAGAUAUAGUUCGAAUCAAAUGUAGGUGGGAAUGGUCCAGUGAAUUCAAUCAGGUUGUGGUCUGCUCCAUUGGGAUUGGCCCA